CAAAGGGUCACAAAGACGUGUGUCUGCUCCACUUUCAUGUAUCAUAUUCAUAUGCUUUUAGACCAUUAUUUAUUCAAAUGGCUUCGCCCCCCCCGACCCACCCACUUAGUUCCCAGAACUUUACUGCUGACCCAUGUGGACAACUACUAGUUCCUGUCUUUGCUUCCUUCAUUCCUAAAUAAUCUUUUAUAGCCACCAUCAAUUCCAUCUUCACCAACUCCUUCAAAAAAAUGAGCAAAGUGUGACCUUUUUUAAUUAUUAUUAUUAUUUUGCCACCUUUUUCCUCACAACACACAUUCUAUUCUGUUAUUAUUCAUGGCAAUUAACAUUUUGAACCCUCAAAAGGCUCAAGCAAGCCCUUCUAAUCUUUCAAUUUUCGAAGUUCUUGAUUUUCCACAUCUUCUCAUGGCCACCAACCUCAACAUGCUCCUCAAGUUCCUGUCUUUGUUGGUGUUCCUUCUGAUCCCAGUUUCAUCUCAGCAAAACCAGCUUUUCUAUGCUGGAUUCAAGGGUUUGAAAAGCAACAACAUGACCCUUGAUGGGGUAGCAGAAAUAGAGCCAAAUGGGGUACUGAAACUCACAAAUGAUUCAAGUAAAGUGAUGGGUCAUGCUUUUUAUCCAACCCCUUUUAGGUUCAAGAACUCUAGUGGUGGUGGUAAUAAAGCUUUCUCCUUUUCUUCCUCUUUUGCUUUGGCUAUUGUUCCAGAGUUUCCAAAGCUAGGAGGGCAUGGCCUUGCCUUUGCAAUUGCACCUACUAAGGAACUGAAGGCUCAUCCAAGCCAGUAUCUUGGUCUUCUUGACUCAACUGGCAUAGGGAACUUCUCCAACCACCUCUUUGCUGUUGAGUUUGACACAGCCAAAGAUUUUGAGUUUGGAGAUAUUGAUGACAACCAUGUUGGAAUUGACAUCAAUAGUUUGUCCUCCAUUGCUUCUGCAUCUGCAGGUUACUACUCUGGAGAUGAGGAUUCAACCAAACAGAAUGUCACCCUCCAAAGUGGGGUACCUAUUCUAGCUUGGGUUGAUUAUGAUGCUGCUCAAAGUGUGGUCCAUGUCACAAUUUCUGCAUCUUCUACCAAACCAAAAAGGCCACUCUUGUCCUAUCAUGUGGAUCUUUCACCAAUCUUUGAGGAUUUAAUGUAUGUUGGGUUCUCUGCAUCAACAGGGAUGCUUGCUAGCUCCCAUUACAUCUUGGGUUGGAGCUUCAAGAUCAAUGGGCCAGCUCUACCCCUUGAUCUCUCUUCUCUCCCACAGCUUCCAGGGCCAAAGAAGAAACACACGUCUCUGAUAAUUGGGGUUUCAGCCUCUGUUGUUUUUCUUGUAUUGUGUGCUGUCUUAUUAGGCAUCUACAUGUACAGAAGGUACAAGAAUGCUGAUGUUAUAGAAGCUUGGGAGCUUGAGAUUGGGCCACAUAGGUACUCCUACCAAGAACUCAAGAAAGCAACAAAAGGGUUCAAGGAUAAAGGGCUGCUUGGACAAGGUGGGUUUGGUAGUGUUUACAAAGGAACAUUGCCAAAUUCCAAUACCCAAGUUGCUGUUAAGAGAAUUUCACAUGACUCCAAUCAAGGCCUUAGGGAAUUUGUGUCAGAAAUAGCCAGCAUAGGCCGGCUUCGCCACCGGAAUUUGGUUCAGCUGCUGGGGUGGUGUCGCCGCCGUGGUGACCUCCUCCUUGUGUAUGACUUCAUGGAAAAUGGGAGUUUAGACAAGUACUUGUUUGAUGAGCCAGAAAUAGUCUUAAGUUGGGAGCAAAGGUUUAAGGUCAUCAAGGAUGUUGCUUCAGCCCUUUUGUAUCUUCAUGAGGGCUAUGAGCAGGUGGUGAUACAUAGAGAUGUGAAGGCUAGCAAUGUGCUUCUAGAUGGUGAACUCAAUGGAAGAUUAGGAGAUUUUGGAUUAGCAAGGUUGUAUGAACAUGGGACUAACCCAAGUACCACAAGGGUGGUUGGAACCUUGGGCUAUUUGGCACCCGAGGUGCCUAGGACAGGGAAGGCAACUCCUAGCUCCGAUGUUUUUGCAUUUGGUGCACUUUUACUAGAGGUGGCAUGUGGACUCAGACCACUUGAGCCAAAGGCAAUGCCGGAAGAUAUGGUUUUGGUUGAUUGUGUUUGGAACAAAUUCAAACAAGGGAGCAUACUCGAUUUGGUGGACCCUAAACUAAAUGGUGUUUUUAAUGAAAGAGAGAUGCUCAUGGUGUUGAAAUUAGGGCUUCUGUGUUCAAACAGUUCACCCACUGCUAGGCCUAGCAUGAGACAGGUGGUGAGAUUUUUAGAAGGAGAAGUUGGCGUGCCAGAUGAGUUGAAAAAGCCGGGAGAGGGAGGUUACCAGGAGGGUUUUGAUGAAUUCUUGCACUCACUUGAAUCUUCUUCAUUUGAUCAGAUGAGCACAGGUUCAUAUGGUAGAACUAGAGACAUGGAUUCUAGUUUUCCUUCUUUAACUGAUACAUCUCUUUUUAGUCCCCAUGGUAAAGGACAAACAAUGUGAUUAUCUACAUUUUACGUAGAGUUCUACUCAAUUAUGUACUUUAAGAUAUUUGUUUAUUUUAUCAUCCCAUGAUGUCUUAUAAUUGUAGACAGAAAGUUCUUGAUGAUGAGUUAUCCCAAUACACGAAGUUUGUAUUCUAAUUCUGCCCCCCAUUGGCAUUCAUUUUUUGGGUUCAUUCAUAUAAUGUAACCUCCCCCAUCAUUUUGUACAACUUUGAUUCUGUAUUUUGUUGUUGUGCCUAGUUGAUGGAACAAGUAGCUUUCGAGUGUA